AAUUGAAUAACAAUGUAGACCAAUAAUGAAUGACGGAUAAACUUACUUGCUUCUUCAUGUUUCCAAGACAUUUUUAAUACCAAAUUGCUUCUAUCACUUUUCGUCCAGAAGUUGCUUUGCAUAAAAAAUUAUAAUUCUCCUUUUCAAGUCUAUGAACCCUCACCGUUUGUUUGAAGCUGUAGGGUGAUUUUAAUGGGCUCUGCUUUUACACUCAACACAAGUAAGUUUUAUAAUUCUGCUUUAGACCUUGUGUUCCUAUAAGAUCUGAUAAUUGUUUUGUGGUUCUUGUUUUUUCUUUCCUCGAGAACCGAAGCUUAUGAUUCCGAUUGUGUGAAGGAUUAGACCUUGAUGAUACCGGUUUGGAGUUUAGAGAACCCUGUAUUUUGUAUCUUGACUUCAGCUUCUGAAAUCUUCUUGUUGGAUGUGUUGUUUAGAUUUAUAGAGGCUGAUCUGUCUCAAAGAAACCAUGGAUGAUUGUUCCAAAGAUAUAAUCAAUUGUUUACCAGACAAUCUUCUUUGCCAAAUCUUGUCCAACUUGUCCACGAAAGAAGCUGCUUUGACAUCACUUCUCUCAAAAAGAUGGCGGUAUUUGUUUGCUCUUGUACCAAAUCUUGAUUUUGAUGUCCUUCCCUCUCUGCAUCCCGAGGUUGCGAUGCAGGACCAGGAUCAGACGAGUUUUAUAGAUUUUGUGGAUAGAGUAUUGAAAUUGCGAGGGAAAGAUCAUAUUAACAAGUUCUCUCUGAAAUGUGGAGAUGGUAUUGAGGAUGAAGAUGUCUUCCCUUGGAUAUUAAAUACCUUGAGACAUGGUGUAUCAGAUCUUUCUCUACAUGUCUCUCCCUCUUUGGUUUAUUGGUUGCCUUCAAAGGUUUUUGCAAGUAAGACACUGGUUAGGCUGAAAAUAGGACCUAAAGAUGGUCCUAGAGUUAAACUGAGAAAUGUCUGUCUACCAAAGCUUAAGACUCUAAAUCUUGAUUCAGUUGUGUUUGAAGAGGGUAAGAUUGGUUUUGCAAAGCUUCUUUCUGGUUGUCCCGUGCUCGAGGAAUUAUCUUUGCUUAAUCUUGCGUGGGAUCGUUGGGAUUCUUGCUCUGUGUCUUCCAAAAUCCUCAAGAGACUAACGCUAUAUUGUGCACACAGUAGCAGAAAUCCAAAGAGUGUAUCAUUUGAUACUCCAAAUGUUGUCUACUUUGAAUAUUCUGAUAAUAUUGCAAACAAGUAUCCGAAAGUGAAUUUUGAUUCGCUGGUUGAAGCUAGUAUCGGUAUUCGGAUGACGAAGGUUCAGAAAGCAAAUGCGAGAUAUGUGUCAGAUGUUGAUGAGGAAACAGAGAUGGUUGGCAAUGCAACGGAUCUUCUUAUGGGAAUAUGCAAUGUGAAGACCCUUUACUUAUCUUAUGACACUCUUGAGACACUUAAUCUUUGCUGUCAAGUGAUACCGGUAUUCAACAAUUUGACUCAUCUAACUAUUGAGAGUCAUCCGGAACUAGGAUGGGAAUCAUUGCCAAAUCUUCUCAAGAGUUGUCCAAAUCUUGGAACUCUUGUCUUCCAAGGACUCCUUCACAAAGCAACAGAUAGAUGUGGGGAUGUGUGCAUGUGCCAAGGUUUGGAGAAUAGUCAUUCUUGCUUAUCAUCAAGUCCGGUGAAGUGUCUAAAGAUAUUGAAAUUUGGAGAAACCAAUGAUGAUGACGAUAUGGAGAUAGAGAUGGAGCAGAUCAAGAAUUUUUUGGAGAAAAUGCCUAAUCUUGAACAACUCAUAAUAUACUACGAAUCAUCAAUCGAUAAUGAUUUAGUUAGAGUAUCAAGCCAACUUCAGGAGGUUCCUACAGUAGCUUCACUCAAGUGCAAGAUUCAAGUAAUCUCUGAUAACCUUAGCUUGUCAUCCACUUUGCCCAUUUCCUUGUCGAUGGAAAAUGGAUUUCACCUGUAGAAGAACCUUACUGGUUUCGUGGAAUUAGUAAUGCGGUCAUGCCUCGAUUACCACUUGGAAGCUAUAUAUGGAUGUGCUCAUGGCUACAAGUAUUUGUAGUUACUAAAAUUAUCUUAAAAACUCAAAUCAAGAUUCUCUUGUUUCUGUUGUUUGUACUUUGUUACUAAUUGAAAAACUCUUUAUGCUUUGGAAGCUAUAUUUGGAUGUGUCUCCUGGCUACAAGUAUCUUUAUGCUUUUGUUGUGAGAAAGUUGAGUUUAUAUUUGGUUUUCUAUCUUUUGUACUGUUUUUUCUUUUUGCUAAGAAUCUUUUGUACUGUUAAAUGAUGAGUAGAGAAGAAACUAAUUAAGAAUUGUUAUCUUACUGUUCUUAAUCGAGUGGAGAAGAAACUA